AUGUUCCCGCCAUCGGCAGGGUACAACCUCGAUAUCGAGGCCAUCAGUGGCAUCAUGGGGUCCAUCUCAAUUGCCUGCUGGGUCGUCGUCUUCUCACCUCAGAUUAUCGAAAACUUCAGACGCAGCAGCGCCGAGGGUCUGAGUAUAGAGUUUGUUAUCAUAUGGCUCCUGGGUGAUUUUGCCAACAUCAUCGGUGCCGUUAUGCAAAGGGUUCUUCCCACCAUGAUCAUCCUGGCAAUCUACUACACAUUCGCGGACAUCGUCUUGCUGGCCCAAUGUUUCUACUACCGCGGCUUCCACUUUAGAGAUCCCAAGCCCGUCAAGCCUUCGGAUAUAGAGCAAGAGACUCCCACCGAGCGCUCUGCUCUUCUCUCAGCCAACGGCAACGGCACCAGCGAUCUCCCUCGCGUUCGCUCAACCUCCUCUUUCGGCGAACGCUUCGUCAACGAAGGCGUCCACAUGUCCCCCGCAAAUCCCAUGCACCCCACCCCCAAAGUCCACAGACCUCGCUCUGCCAAACGCAGCAUCAUGCAAAAACUGCUGUUCAAUCUAACUUGCAUUGUUCUGGUCGUUGCGGCUGGAAUCGCCGGAUACUACCUCAGUCCCUCGUCCAACAGCAACGAAACCGAGCAACAGCAAAACGACAACUUGCACUUCAAUAUCGUGGGCCAGGUAUUCGGAUACCUGUGCGCUGCACUGUACCUCGGCAGCCGCGUUCCUCAACUCCUGCUCAAUUACCGUCGCAAAAGCACCGAAGGCCUCAAUGCCCUUUUCUUCCUCUUCGCCUGCAUUGGAAACUUGACAUAUGUGCUCAGUAUCUUCGCCUUCAAUCCUAUCUGCCACCAUGGCAAGCAUGGACAAAAAUGCAGACCUGGAGAAGCUAGUGCGAUUUACGGCAGAUACAUUCUGGUGAAUUUGAGUUGGUUGCUGGGGAGUUUGGGAACGCUCUUCUUGGACUUUGGCGUCUUUGCACAGUUCUUCAUUUACAGGAGUAUGGAUGAUGAUGAAGAAGAUUUUGAAGUCGUUGUUGCAGAGGAGGAGGAUAGAGGAAGAUCUGUGCAGUAG